AAUAGAUAAAAAUUGCAAUUACUUUCAACCGGUUUUCUCAUUUUAAUUUAAAUUUUUUAUUUUGGGGAUGAACGUGUAUUAAAUAUUUUUGGAAAUUUGAUAAUAUUUUUUUAUUUUUAUAAAAAGACCCCAGUAAAUUAAAAUAUGAAAUUUUUUCCAGUAAUAUUGGUUUUAUUUAUCGGAAUCCAGUUUGUUUCAUCUGAUGAAGACGUGCCAAAAAUAGGCUGUCCUCCAAAAUAUGUUGUCGAACCUUGCGUUUGUGAAAGUGGUCCCCAUCCGGUUUUAAUAUGCAAACAUAUUGACGACCCUGAAGUACUGGUCAAAAUUUUCGACCGUUCAACUCCCUAUUGGUACCAAGAGUUCCACCUGGAGGAGUCAGUAUUGCAGUAUUUGCCCCACGACAUGUUUCAAGGAGUUCAAAUUCUGAGAAUUUAUUUGAAGAAUGUUACUUUGGUGCAGUUGUUUGACGAACCGCCAGAAAAUCUUCAAAUGGUCGAAGGUUUGCAUAUUGAAAAUUCUAACGUUUUCAGAGGGAUGAGUUGGGAACAGUUACAGAAUUUCACGAGUCUCAGGCUACUGAGCGUGUACUUCAAUAUCAUACCUUAUCUUGGAAGUGAGUUCAGCACGUAUGUGUCGGAUAGUUUGACUCAGCUCACUCUUUAUGACACCCAGACGGAGCUCAUCAAACCAGGGUCCUUGAUGAAGUAUAAAGAUUUAGAUAAAGUCGCCAUUGAUGCCUGUGGAAUAACAGAGCUCACUCGAAAGAUUUUUCCACGACCUUUUAAUGGCAGAUUCUUGUAUUUUAAUGAUAACAAGCUUUCAUCUAUACCUGAUGACUUAUUCACAGACAUGCCAAACCUUCACACUGUGGGACUUAGAGGAAAUCAGCUCAGAACUGUUCCUGCCAUAGCAUUUGAAGGCAGUUUUUCGAAACUGAAAUUUUUGUGGUUAGAUGGUAACCCCUUACAUUGCGAUUGUAGAAUCCUAUGGCUCAUUAAAAAUAAGCCAUUUGAUCUCCUUGGAAUAUGCUAUUCUCCCAAAAUUUUUGAAGGAAGGAAAUUAAAAGAUAUUCAAGCAAGCGAGAUGGUUUGCCCGUUGCCGUGAAUUAACAUUAUGAAUAAAGACUGACUGUACCAGAGAUAUGCCUGGAAAAUAAAAUAAUUUCUUUUCACUGUGCAA